AUGGAUAGAGCUUAUGAGAUGGAUGAUAGGGUUUUAUUAGCAAAAGGAGCUCAGGACAUUGCUAAGGAGGCCAAAAAACAGGCAGUAAAGAAAGCAAACCGAGCAGCAGAUAGAGCUCAAGAUGGCUACACUGAAAGAUCUUACAGUAGAUUCCAGACUAAAGAAGAAAAUGAUUAUUAUAAUCAAGAUGGAAAUUAUGAAGGAGAAGGAAAUGAGGACGAAGGAUCAAGUGACGCAACUGAAGGACAUGAUGAAGAUGAUGAGAUUUAUGAGGGAGAGUAUCAAGGAAUCCCAAGUACAGCCCAGAACAAAGACGGAACUGCAGCUUUAGGACAGCAAAUCACAGAUGUUUACAAGGAUCGAAGUGAAUUGGAGACAGAGCGAAAAGCUGAUGAAGAAGAGCUAGCACAGCAAUAUGAGUUAAUCAUUCAAGAAUGUGGGCAUGGACGUUUUCAGUGGGCCCUCUUUUUUGUCCUUGGGAUGGCACUAAUGGCAGACGGAGUAGAGGUUUUUGUGGUUGGAUUUGUAUUGCCCAGUGCUGAGACAGAUUUGUGCAUCCCCAACUCUGGAUCAGGGUGGCUUGGUAGCAUAGUAUACCUUGGGAUGAUGGUGGGAGCGUUCUUCUGGGGAGGCUUGGCAGACAAGGUGGGAAGGAGACAGUCUCUUCUGAUAUGUAUGUCGGUCAAUGGAUUCUUUGCUUUCCUUUCAUCAUUUGUCCAGGGUUAUGGCUUCUUUCUCUUCUGUCGAUUACUCUCUGGAUUUGGGAUUGGAGGCGCUGUUCCAGUUGUAUUUUCAUAUUUUGCUGAAGUACUUGCUCGAGAGAAACGUGGAGAACAUUUAAGUUGGCUUUGCAUGUUUUGGAUGAUUGGUGGUAUCUACGCAUCUGCCAUGGCCUGGGCAAUCAUUCCUCAUUAUGGAUGGAGUUUCAGCAUGGGAUCUGCAUAUCAGUUCCACAGUUGGCGAGUAUUUGUUAUAAUGUGCGCCCUGCCUUGUGUUUCUGCUGUGGUGGCACUUACUUUCAUGCCAGAAAGUCCAAGGUUCUUGCUUGAGGUUGGAAAACACGAUGAAGCUUGGAUGAUUCUCAAACAAAUUCAUGAUACAAAUAUGCGAGCUCGUGGCCAACCUGAAAAAGUUUUCACAGUUAACAGGAUCAAAACGCCAAAACAAAUAGAUGAACUUAUAGAAAUAGAAAGUGACACAGGCACCUGGUACAGGAGAUGCUAUGUCAGAGUGCGCACAGAACUGGAUAGUAUCUGGUUAACAUUUAAGAGGUGUUUCACGUAUCCAGUCAAGGACAAUACAAUUAAGCUUGCAAUAGUUUGGUUUACUCUUUCUUUUGGGUACUAUGGAUUGUCUGUCUGGUUUCCAGAUGUCAUUAGGCAUCUACAAGCAGAUGAAUAUGCCAGUAGAGCGAAGAAUUUUAGCAAUAAGAGGAUCGUGGACUUUGAUUUUAACUUUACUCUGGAAAAUCAGAUCCAUUUAAAUGGGACAUUCAUCAAUGACAGAUUCACAAUGAUGACAUUCAAAGCAGUUACUUUUCAAGACUCCCUUUUUAAGCACUGUUACUUUGAGGAUGUUACUACAUUGAAUACAUAUUUUAGAAACUGCACUUUUAUAGAGACUUUUUUCUUCAAUUCAGAUCUUGAGCCAUAUAAAUACCCUGGCAGUGAAUUUGUGAAUUGUACGUUCUUUCACAAUAAGACAGGGUGCCAAAUUUCAUUCGAUGAUGAUUACAGUGCCUACUGGAUUUAUUUUGUCAAUUUUCUGGGGACUUUAGCAGUAUUACCAGGAAAUAUUGUCUCAGCUCUUCUGAUGGAUCGAAUUGGACGUUUAACAAUGUUGGGUGGUUCUAUGAUUCUUUCUGGAAUUAGCUGCUUUUUCCUAUGGUUUGGUACAAGUGGAUCCAUGAUGAUAGGCAUGCUGUGUCUAUACAAUGGCCUUACCAUCUCAGCAUGGAACUCUCUUGAUGUCAUUACUGUGGAGUUGUAUCCUACAGAUAGAAGGGCAACUGGCUUUGGCUUUUUAAAUGCACUCUGCAAAGCAGCAGCUGUUCUUGGAAACUUAAUAUUUGGUUCUUUUGUUAUCAUUGCCAAAUCAAUACCUAUUCUGUUGGCUUCUACAGUUUUAGUGUGUGGAGGUUUGGUAGGACUUCGACUUCCUGAUACCAGAAACCAAGUACUGAUGUAA